AUGAAUAACUUUUUAUUAUCAAUAGAUUAAUUUGGAAUUGAGGAACGAGUACUCUUCUAAAGAUCAAUAUCUACAAAGAGGAGUGCAUUUGGUGGACUGAUGACUUUGUUUCUCUACGGGAUCAUUCUUUCAUAUGGCUUAUAUUAAUUGAUUGAUUGGAUCGAGAACAAUAAGUUACCUAAAGUCACAUCCACCUCAAUAUAAAUUAAUCAUUCAGAAACUGUCCAGGGCUUUGGUAAAUUCUCAGAGAUUUGUUACCUUCAAUAAAUGUCUAAUCGCAUAGAUCCAUUCAAUCCAAAGUAACUUAUAUACUACCCGAUUUUAAUGAUAAAUCCUUCAUAAGUAUAUUAUUCAUUAUUACUUUUUAGUAAUAAAUUGACGGUAUUGUAUUUGAAUAAGAAAUUUUAGAUAGUGGUAAAGUUGUUAAUAAGUUUGUUUUAUAUGAUAUUGAAUUAGUAGGAUCUCCACUUUAAUCUUAAUAAUUGGCAUAAAAAGACUAUCAACUCACUUUUAAGAGAUGUAAUCCAGAUAAAAUAUAGAAGGGAAUGCAAUGUGCUGAUGAAACUACCUAUAAUUUAUACAAAGAAUAAUAAAAUCUAUUCUAGAUUUAAAUUUAUAUUUAGCAAUUCAAUAUCAAAACUAAAUAAUUGGACAAAAUUCCAAAAUUUUACGUUAUAAAUAUGUUGGAGGAUAAAUUGAUGUUUUAUAAUUUUUAACUUGAAUGUAGCCUGAUUUCUAUAGAUGAUGGAAUCUUAUUCCCUAAUUCUAGACAAUAAACAUUCUUCUAUAAUAUGUAGUAACUAGUUUAAGCAUAUGAUGCAGAUUAUACCAAUAAGUAUUUUUCUAAGGACAUAGUGAUGAUCUUGUAUUAUACAUUGGAUUAGAUUAAAUAGGAAACACUUUAUGAAUACCCUAAAAUAUCAGAAAUUCUUGCAGAUACAGGUUCCAUAGUAAGUUGGUUUUUCUCAUUAUCAUAUAUUGUGACUCUGUAUAAUAAAGAACUUAGUAUGCAAAGUAUUAUUACAGAAAUCAUAUAAAUGUACUAUAAUGAUGUUAAAAAUUUAUCAAUUAAGAAAAAUUGGUAUGGAAAAGUAACUGAAAUUUCAUUUAAGGACAAAUCUUGUGAUAAUAUAAAAAUGUAAAAACUUUUAAAGAAAUUAGAAGAACUGGCAAUUUAAAAAUUAGAUUAUAAAAAUAUUUUACUCGAAUUAUCGAAGUAUUAAAAUUUAUAUAAAAAUAGAUUAUAAAAUUUAUUGGUCAGAUAAUUGGGAUGGGAGUAAAUAUAGUAAUAAUUAAUUCAAUCAUAAAAAUUAGAAUCUCUAAUUGAUAAAUAUGGACUAUAAGAUCAAAAAGACAGCUCUCAUGUUGCUAAUUUAAUAGUAAUAAUCAAUAUAUUAUCCUAAGUUCCCCUAAGGAGAAUUAUCAAAUAUGAAUUUAAAACAGCAGGAGGGCUUAGAAGGUGAAUCUAACCUAAAUAUUGAAUAAUCACUUGUAUAGGAACUAGAAAAAUAAGUUUGUCUGUUUAGUUACCUAGAUAAUUUAAAAAUAUUGAUUGAAGACAAAACAUCAUUAAUAGAUUUUAAAGAUAACCAUCAAAUUCAAAAAUUUAAUUCAAAUAUAUUACGUAUAGAAAAUUGUUCAUCAUUUCAAUGA